GGAGACCCACCUGGAGGAGCACGUCCGUGGGCGAGACUGCCCCGCUCCCACUCUGGGACAACAAGCCACUCUGUCCUGUGUCGGGCCCCGCUGCUGCCAUCCAAGGCCCCGAGCGCAUCGUCACCCACAAAUCCGGACCGUUGGCCACUACCGCCUGCCCGCUGACCCCUAGACGUGACCCCCUCCUCUCUGGCCCGGUGGCUAUGCUGUAUCUUCCCCUCCGCCUGCCCCCAGUCCUCCUCGCCCUCCUCCUUGGCUGGGCCCUCUGCAGCCAGGAACCCAGAGCAGGGCCUCAUCGCUUUGCCAUGCUCCACGUGUCCCAUUUCCCAAAUGCGAGCCUGGUGCAAUUCUGGGGCAACGCCACGCUUGGGGACACGGUCACUCACGAGAUGGAGAAGGGCGGAUCCCCUCCCACCAUCCGGCAGCUGGAGUUCCCGGAGCCACCUGAGGUCUGGGCUGAGACCCUCAAGGGCCUGAAAGCCUAUCUGGAGGACUUCAAGAAUGUGGUGGUGCUCAUCAACCACGAGAGAGGCCUGUCCUUCCCGUUGACGCUGACCUCCUCCCUGGGCUGCGAGCUGCCGGGCAAGGGCUCUGCGGCCCACACCUUCUAUGAGGUGUCCCUGAACGCAAGCGUCUCUUUCCACUUCUGGCCAUCCCCGGCCCUCUGGACCAGCGAGUGGCGGGGGGACCUGGCCGCCUUCACCCUGAAACAGCUCAACAGGUACAACCGAACUCGGUACGAACUGCAGCACUUCCUCCAGGUCACCUGCGUCAACUACUUGAAGAGGAAAGUGCCCAGUUUUGCCCCUGAACAACUGAUUUCCAGACCGCCUCCCUCCGCCUCUGAACAACUCAUUCCCAGCCUGCAUCCUUCAGGCAGGUUGCACGUUCCGUUAGGCCGCUGGUCAUGGGCAUCAUCGUGGGUAUCUUCACUAUCUCCGGCGUGGCCGUGGGAAUCUUCUUGUGCACCGGAGGAGGAAGGAGGAGUUAGGCCCCUCUACCCCUGAGCUCACUCCUCACCCCUGCCCGGGCCAGGGCAGAUCGGGUGAGCCAAGGGAUCCCCUCCCUGCUCACAAAAUCACCUUCUAUGCGUUCAGAGGCCCAGGCAGGGUUUGGGCUGGGAAUUGUCCCUUCUAGCCAGGAGGCCCCACUUCCCCUCGGCCCCGGGCUCUGAGCAGUAGCAGCAGCAGCAGCAGCAGCAGCAAUAGAGGCGGCUUCACCAAGCCCCCGUCAUUACCACCGCAGUCGCAGGCCCAGGCAUCACUGUCCAGCACCGGAAUUCCCACCCCUCCUAGGGUUCAAGGCGUCUCUUGCCAGUGCCGGUAAAGGCCUGGGCAGGAGGAGGAGCUGUUAAAAUAAAUGGAGA